AUGUGGGAGGUGGGAGGUGCGAUGUGGGUUGGUGGCCCGGAUUUGGGGGGUGGUGGGCGGCACGUUGAGUGGGGUUGGGCUGGGCGGCGUUUGUUCUCGCUUAUUGCUGCUGCAAGUGCGAGACCAAGACCACACAAAAGGAAAACCAUGGCCGGUCGACAAUCAGACAAAGCACUUGAAUGCGCUCACCGCCGGGGCAAAGCCGCAAACCUUAAUCUUGGAUGGAUGGCCGCCAGGCACUUUGCAAACGCGCAGGCUAGAGGACGACGGACUGAGGCAGACGGACUGAAGCAGUCGGUUCAGGCCGCCGACCGCGCAGGGCAGCCCCGGUUUUUGCACCGCCAACAUGAAAUCCGCCCACUCCCCCGUCUCGGCCAGUAA